AUGGCUUCCAUCUAUGCAUCUGCCCUUUUCACAAUUGUUGCUGCCGACGGUCUGAAUGCAGAGCAUGGCAUUUUGGGGAUCAGAGGCAUAUCCGCAGCCCGAGAGCUUCCACCCUCGUUGCAACUAACGUCGAAACUUCGUCUACAACUGCGAAAGUCGGUCAACAUACUUGCCAGCCCCUGGGGUGGCCGAGGCUGGACUCUGCAAGAACACAUCUUCUCCAGGAGGAAACUCGUCUUCGUCCAUGACUCUGUUCAAUGGAUAUGUCAAGAAUGCCGAUGUUUUGAAGACAUCUGCCAGGUCUCUCCGUCCAUCCGGAAGAUGAAAAGAAGAGAAUACGACAUGGAGCAGGAACUUGAAAGUCUUGGGGAUCUCGCGCUCGAAUAUCCAAUGAUAUCUGAGUUGGAGGGGCUUUUGCAUGAUUAUAGUACCAGACAUCUUACCUACCAAGGCGAUGUCCUCAAUGCCGUUGGUGCAGUCUUCACGGCUCAUCGUAAGGCUUUCCCUCAUGGAUUUCUCCUUGGCUUGCCGAUAGAUUUCCUCGACAUGGCGCUGUUGUGGUCUCACUCCUAUCGCCCAGCGAGGCGUCAGGCGCGCUUGCACUCUUCGCGGACUCAUUUCCCAAGCUGGACGUGGGCUGGCGCCCAUGCUUACAAACAAAACUUCAUGGGAAAGAAGACUGGGCUCCCACGUGGAUGGAAGUAUGAAGACGAAUCAUUCGGGCCAGUCUCUGAAAAAGACACCCGCUUAGCUGAGAGCAACUCGAGCAGCGGCUGGGCUCUCGCAACGCCUUACUAUUAUUCCUACGACGCUGCUCCUGGUGUCAAGUUUUGGCAUCCGGUACCAGUCUUCCUUGAGCCAUUAAGCACUACUAUGGUUCCUGCCAAUGCUCGGAUUCUAUGUGCGAAGACCCGAAGAGGCCGUCUUUGGGUGAUCAGUGCCAAGGAUCAUGCCGAUGGAAUCAAAGUCGAUACUGUGCUCACGAAUGAAAAGGGAGACUUGGUUGGCGAUUUGCGCAUCGACGAUCGGGAAGACAUCCAUCUUGUCAACGAACUCAAAUGUGAAGCCGAUCAAGCCGGCCUUCCUUGCGAGCUGGUUGCAAUUUCCAAAGGAAAUGAUUUCAUAGAGCCUAUGGAGCCUUUGAAGGAGACCUACACAUUUUACAACGUCCUGUGGAUAAAAUGGGAAGACGGCAUCGCGUAUCGAAGAGGCGUGGGUCGAGUCACAAAGGAGACAUGGGAAAGCAUGGAGCUGGAAGAUGUUGACUUAGUGCUAGGCUGA